UUGAAUAUUGGGUGCGCAUUUGAUGGACAAGCACUUCAAUGUGACUGUGUAAUUUGAUCGCUCUCCGUGGCCUUGAUGCUUCCACGUUGCAUCGAGCAUUCUUUCAGAUAGAUUCUAUUGCCGCUCAAUUUCUGUGUGAAAUCGUCACAAAAGGGGGUGCUCCUUUCACAACCGAUUGGUAAUGGACGAAAACGGCCUGAAAGGGGACGGAAAUUUCCCGGGGCAAAAUGCGGAAGAAGCCUCAGUUGGAAAAUGCCAAGGUGUUAAAAGUGAGCAAACCAAAAUGGCAGAUGAGCAAUUGGCCGCUGGUGUUCCUGAACCUGAAAGUGAUGUAAAGAAAAAUCCUGCUGAAGAUAAAGAAGAUAGUAUUUCCCAGUCGAGCCAAGAAAAGGAUUUGAAAAGUACUGAAACUGAAAUUACUCUGUCGAACAAUGCAAAUGAAGAUGUUGACGCAACUAGCGCAAAUGCAGAUUUGGAUACCAAAGAUCAAACAGAUGCAGCAGCAGGAGACCAAGUGGAGAAGGUAGAAAAUGCUCAAUGCAAGGAAGACAGUGUUGAAACACCAGCUAGAGAAAUUGCCACGGAAGAACCAUUGGCUAGUAAACCCGAGGAAGCUUGUGAAAGUACCAAAGAUGAAGCUCCUCUAGUCAAGACAGAAGAAACCCCUACCGAUACCCAAGAUGAAGCCCCAAAAGUUACCCCAGAGGAAACUCCUGCUAGUUCGCAAGCUGAGGCCCCUGCAGUUACCUCAGAAGAAACCUCUAUGGGUUCAAAAGAUGAAGCUCCUUCGGUUAUCAAAGAUGAAGCUGAACCCCCUAAAGUUAUCCAAGAAGGAACCCCUGCUAGUUCGCAAAGUGAAGUCCCUGCCGUUUCCCAAGAAGAAACUCCUGCCAGUACUCAAGAUGCAGCCCCGUCAGAUAGGCCAGAAGAAACCACUGCUGAUAAUCAAGAUGAAUCGUCUGUAGUUCCCCCAGAACAAGCGCCCACAGAGACUCAAAAAGAUAUCCCUGUCAGUACUGAAGCUGAAUCUCCUACAGUUACCCCAGAAGAACCCCCUUCCAGUACUCAAGGAAAAGCCCCUGCAGUUGCCUCAGAAGAAGCCCCUGCAGCUGCCCUAGAAAAUACUCCUGCAGUAGCCCCAGAAGAAACCCCUGCAGUUGCCCCAGAAAAAGGCCUUUCAGUUGCCUCAGAAGAAACCCCUGCAGUUGCCUCAGAAGAAGCCCCUGCAGUUGCCUCAGAAGAAGCCCCUGCAGUUGCCUCAGAAGAAGCCCCUGCAGCUGCCCUAGAAAAUACUCCUGCAGUAGCCCCAGAAGAAACCCUUGCAGUUGCUUCAGAAGAAACCCCUGCAGUUGCCUCAGAAGAAGCCCCUGCAGCUGCCCCAGAAGAAGCCCCUGCAGCUGUCCCAGAAGAAGCUCCUGCAGCUGCCCCAGAAGAAGCCCCUGCAGCUGCCCCAGAAGAAGCCCCUGCAGUUGCCCCAGAAGAAGCCCCUGCAAGCUCCCUGCAAGAUGGAACUGCUCCAGUUACUCCAGAAGAAGCAUUGCAGCCAGAGGAAAGUAAACAAGCACAGCCUGCAGCUAAGCCUGCACCACCAAAAGUUCUUCCGAAGCCAAAAAUUGAAGUCCCUGAAAUAAAAAUUGACUUAUUUGUCAAGGCUCAUGCAAGAUUUCCAAACAAGCUCGGUGAUUGUCCUUUCUGUCAUCGCAUAAUGAUGAUUUUAAAGCUAAAGAAAAUCGGUGGUACUGUUUGCCCUGUGAAUCUCAGCAUUAAAUCUAAAGAGUUUGAGGAUUUUUGUGCAAGGAAUGGCCUUCCAAUGAAAGUUCCAAUAAUUCAGCAUGGGGAGAAUGUAAUCGCCGAUUCAAAUGCAAUUGCAGAUUACUUGGAUAAAAUAAAGCCGAAGCCCAACCUCGUCAAUAAAAGUAAGGCAACCAACGCUGCUGGUGACAAAGUAUUUCUAAAGUUCUCCGCUUUUAUCAAGAAUAAAAUCAAGGCAAACGACGAAAAAUUGCAGCAAGGCUUGACUGAUGAAUUAGGUCGCCUCGACAACUUCUUAUCUUUUUCACCUGGUAUGUUUCUUGAUGGUGAUGACAUACAGCACCCAGAUUGCGUCUUGCUUCCUAAGCUGCACCAUGUUCGAGUUGCUGCCAAAUAUUACAAGAAGUAUGAAAUCCCAGAGGCCUUCAAGCAUUUACAUGCGUAUUUAGCCGCUGCCGAUGUUCAUCCUGCUUUUGCAUCAACAGUGCCUCCUGAUGAUGCUGUUAUCGAAGGCUGGAGAAAGCAUGUCACGUGAUUCUUUAUUCUCCUUUUUCAACUUCCUAACUGCUGAUUUUUUUGCGAUGAAUGUAUGCUGCUCUCUAAUAUACCGUGCUAUGAUUUUAUGUUCAGGGUUACAACAUUCGUGAUCCGGAUGUUUAACAUCCCGAUGCAUGACAUACAAUAGCCUAUCAAUCAUUUUGUGUCCUGAAGCCGGGAGGUCGCUUUACCCGGUUAUGAUGAGAAAUACAGCUUCCAUUAUUUACAAACUCAAGUGAAAAUAAAUAAAAUACAAUUUCAACAAUACUGUUUGAUAAUUUUUGGCAUAUCAGUUUUGGAUUUUUUGAGUUCUUAACUUCUCUAAUGGUGGCCAAGUUUCUUGAGUUUUAAGAUAUUUGAAAACUGAGAAAAGUAUCCUCGAUGAGUCUGCCAUGUUUUUUUUAAACCCCAGCAAGGUUUUCUCGGAAAAUUCUCCUUCUUGUUACGUAUCUUGCAACUAGCAAAUGCUUAUUACGCACAUAAGCAAUAUUUGUCGUUUCAGGAUAGAUUUAUGCAACUUCCAAUUUUAAAAUCAUCGCUCUGAACAUUUUUUUAUCCCAGUUUCUGCCGCCGUCGUACAUUGCAUGCAAAAUCCAGUGAUAAACGUCUUUUUGAAGUACAAAAUCAUAUCUUAACUGCAGUUGUUCAGCUAUCAGUUAAUUUUAGAAUAUAAGGUUCUUAGUAGAUUUUGCCUGCUUAUCACAUACGUAUAUCUAUUUCCUUACCGCUGCGAUUGCUAUAAAGAUGGGUACUUUUAUAAAAUUGGUGUUGAUUUUGUAUAUUCAUAUUGAAUGUAAUUAGCUGAAAAAUCUUUCUAAAUUAGUACGAAUUGAUUGGUUAAAGAUUAGUAUGCAAUAAAGAAUUAUGGGUUUUGAAGGGUAAAAUUA